AUGCAUUCACAGGCCGUGGAACAGUCGGAUCCAUGGGCCAUGACUCCCGAUCAGAGGGCCUACUACCUGGCCCAAUUCUUUCGUCUUCAACCCGAUCCCAGUGGUCGUCUUAGUGGCCAAGCAGCAAAAUCCUUCUUCGAACUUUCCAAACUGCCUGUCAAUGUUCUCUCUCAAAUAUGGGAGCUCUCGGACGUCGAUACAGACGGUCAGCUGAACUUGAGUGAGUUCUCCGUGGCGAUGCAUCUGGUGGUACUGCAUCGCAACGGUGUAAUGUUGCCCACUCAAUUGCCUGAGAGUCUGCUACUCGUUGCUACCUCCAGUACCCUUUCCGCUCCUCCUCCUCCACCGCCGCCGCCUUUACCUCUACAGCCAUCGCCGCCUACUCCUAACGCUUCCGUGUAA